AUGAAUACUUUAAAUGUAAUAAGUAAUACUUUUGAAAAUGUUAAAAGCACUAUAAGAGAAAAGAGUUCUGCAAACCGUCUACAAAACUUAAAGAAGGAUAUUCUAUUCCUCCAGACGGAACUGCUCGUGCUUGGUAAAGAAAACCCUGAUCAGUACAUUAGAUCCAUUGCCAUGGAAGGUUACUUAGCUUUACUUUCUGCAAAAACAUUACCAAUAUCCCUUUUAGAGAAAAAGAACAUCCUGACAGUGGCAUUUGACAAAAUAAAGCAAUUUUCAUUGCGUGAGGAAUGCCUUUUCAUAUUUCUAAGAAUCCAAAACUUACUCUGUUAUUAUUUGUUGCAACUUAAUGAGAUAAACGUAGCAAGGGACAUACUAGAGAAUAUGGAAGAACUGUAUGACAAGAUAAGUAAAUCAAAAGCAGAAAUGUAUUUAGAUGCUGAAGAUUUGUUUACAUCCGAACCCAUAGAGAAUAUUAAGCGAUUAAAUCCAGAGAAAAUUGAUAAAGUGAUUACUAAUAACGUACAGAUGUUAGCCUUUUUGUAUAACAAAUUGAAUAUGCCACAAAAAUAUGCUUUGUAUAAUCAUACAGCAUUAAGAAGACAACUUGAAAUGAAGGAAGGCACUCCUCAAGAUUGGGCAUUACGAACCUCUAGACUAGGUAACUAUUUCACUUACCUCAACCAAAUCGGAAACGCCAGACAUCAUCUUUGCGCAGCAUAUCAUAUCUUAAAAACCUGUCACGAUAAUUGUAAACUUAUGCCAGAGGAAUUUGUUUUACAAAAAGCUGACUUCGAAAUGCAUUUUCUCGAAUUGAGUCACCAUUGGGUCAAGUAUGGAUUAACACUCUAUAAGUUAUCUCGGAAAACAAUCUUGACACGGUAUUUUUCACAGCCCAGUUCUGGACCUGAUUUAUGGAGACCUUUAGACGUUUUAAGCGAAGUUCUAGAAAAUCCAGAAAAGAUCGACGAGGAAAAUUCUAAAGAUCAUGGAGCGGAGAAGGGGGGCAAAGGCGAUUUUACAACUGAGAACGUCUACAAUUUUCCCUCUUUAGAUUUAAAAGAAAUGGAAAGCCGAGUUCCGGUAGAUAUUAUCCGUACAGUAGAAGAUGCAAGAAAACUUUUUACGUUUACGCAUAAGUGGUUGAUGCGAGCUAAACACUAUUAUGAUUUUGAACACCAUUCAGCUCAAUACAUAUCUUGCUCGCUACAACAAGCUGAAUUGUAUGAACACUUGGCUUUCUUUGAGAAGAAUAUUGACAACCAAUAUAGCAUACAAAAAAGAAGAGCAGACAUUCUAGAAACAUUAAAUUCUUUACUCAAAACAUGUGACAACGAUAUGACUAUACAAAUAGAUAUAAUAAGAGAACUAUCUCAAGUCCAACUCGAACUGAUGGCUUUGAAUUUACAAAAGUUGUGGAGGGAAGAAUCUCAGACUAACGUAUUUAAUUUAGAUAGCGACGCAGAUUCUAUUAUCAAUUCUUUAGAUUCCGAAUCUAAUAAGACUUUAACGGAAAAAACUUUGCAUGCUAGCUGUAAAAAUAUGUUUUUAAGGCGGAUGGAGGCUGCCACAUCUAUUAAUGGCAAAUUGUUUAGACUGAGCGGACAACUAGUGCCUCAAACUCCAUCUGAAUUGAGCUUUGAAUUCAGUUCAAUGAAAGUUUGA